AUGCCAGCCAUGGCGCAGUGUGACCUGGAGGUCCCAGUCCCCGCUGUCUACAGAGGCCUCAUCAUCGGCAAGGGUGGCGAGACCCUGAAGCAGCUGCAAGGCAACUUCCGCGUCGGGAUCUACGUCCCGAAGGGCGACCACCAAGCGGCCGUACACGUGAAAGGCCCAAAGAGUCGGUGCCAGGAGUGCGCGCAAGAGAUACAGGCCAUCAUCGGGCGCAAGGCCCGUGCUCCAGCGCAGGCGAAGCCGAAGGCCAAGAAGGCCGCGGGUCGCAAAGACCUGCCGCACCCUGCCCGGUGCCCGAAGUGCCUCAAGGAGAUAAACUCCGUUCGCAGCGCCCUGGAACACCUCCAGUCCCCGAUGCAUGUGAAUCUGGUGGCGGACUCCUGCUUGGAGGGCGUGGAUGACAGCCUGCUGACGGGACGCCUGGGCUUCGCUGGGCUUCAGAAGUGCCUCCAGACGCCAGGAUAUCGGGCCUUCCAUGAGGAGCUGGGGUUCAACUCGGAGGCUCUUCUCGCCGUGUUGGACACACUGCUGCGCCUGCAGGAGGAAUUGCAGAGCAUCUCGCCGGACAGAGACUGGCUGCAGGUGGAGUCACGCUUGGUGGUGGAGUGGGACGACAAAGCCGUGGCGGGCCCGAGCAUCCCGAUUACCACUGCUCCCGAGUUGGUGGACAUGAUGGAGCGCUGCCGCUUGACGAGGAAGCCACCUUUGGCGAAGAUCCCAGUGCUUCCAGCGCCCCUUCCACGUGUGGAUGCCAGGCAGAGGAAGAAGAAUCAUGCCAAGGGCAGCCACCAGUAUCCUGCGGAGCCGGGAAGCGGGCGCCUGGGCCUGGCCAUCAUGCGCAAGCUGGGCAUGGACCUGGCCUCCUAUGACUUCGUCUGUGGGACCUCCUUCAUCAAGGCAUUGGCCGGGGAGUCGAAUCGGCUCAAAGACGUCUACUACUUGCAACAGCUCCGAGAGACGGUCUUUGUCUUGCACGUGCCCAGAAGCUACCACAACCAAGCCGAUGCCGGCCACGCCGUAGAGAGGUUGCUCUGCAGCAACGGCAAGAACACUGGCGUCGGCAUGUUUGUGGCCGCCACGACUUUGCAUGUUGACGGCAGGAAGUUCAUGGUAACAAGUGAGGUCGACGCAUCCGAUGAAGCAGGUGAUCUGAUGGAGAUCAAGAGCUCCAAACAUGCCAGAGUCGUCACCCCUCAGGCAGCACUCCAGAUUGCCGUGAAUGGUUCCAAGUCCAUCCUUUGCUGCAGCCUCAACGACGAGCAGACGCAUCUAGAGGACAUGUGGAAGAUCUCGGCCGAGGAAGUCAUGCAGGAUCAUCAGCAAAGCCUCGCCAACGCCGGCCAGCACAUGCGGCUGAUGCUUCGCAAAGUGCUCCAGCACGUGCGGGCACACACCGAUCCCGAUGGGUCCUUGGUGUGGCGGCUGACCUUCGACGAACAGAAGCUGCCUGUCUUCCACGUGGCAGAGGAUGUGCGAGUCUUGCCAUUGAGUCUGGAUUAG